GAUGGUCCUAAUACAGGCCCACAAAGUCAGACAGACAUGGGCUAAGUCCCAGCUCCUUUCCUAUUGCCUGAGUGACCUUGGGCAAGUCCCCCCACCUUGUAGGGCUUCCGUUCCCUCAUCUGUAAAAUGAACAUUGAAACCAAGUCCUAUUCUUGCCUGGUUUCAGCUUCAACUAUCCAACAAGGAACCUGACAGCUCCUGGGGCCUCCUCCCACCACCUCCACAUCCUCCACAUUCUCAGAUGCCACAUUUUGUGCUGCCAAGAUGUUAACAAGUGACCCCACUUUCUAAUGCCCUGUGCUUUACACACACUACCUCUGGUUCCCCCACAUUGUGCAGGGCAGAGCUGGGUAUCAGUUCCAGCCCCCUCCAUGGGAGCUGUUCAGCCUCAGGACUGGGCAUUCCAGGAGGAAAGAGGUCUUGGCACCAGGGUGGGCUCUCCUGGGGCACCUACCAUGUGCCAGGCCUUGCUCUUGGCUCAAGCCUGAAGUCCCGGGGGGGCAGCGAUGAACCACCCCAUUGUGCACACGGGGAAACUGGCUCCUCUCAAAGGGGUCUGGGAGCUCCGCAAACCGCUCGCCUCCGUGCGCGGGUUGGGGCAGGCGCGGUGUGUGGGGCUGGGGUGCCCUCUAGCGGCCGCCGUGGUCCGGCUCGCGGCUGCUGGGCGAGGAAGUCCCUAAUUCGGGCCGCGCGUGGUUCUGCCCGCCGCGGCCCCACCUCCCAGGAGCUGAGAACCAUCUCUCCCAACCUGUCCUCUUGGCUUCCCAGAGACCCUACGCGGCUGCGCGCCCCGCCCCGAUUGCCAUGGAGACCGCUUGUACACAACUUCCUCCAUCCCCUCUACCCUGUCCCAAGUGAAGGCCCUCGGGCCGAACCAGCGCCCGCCUAGGAGACGGCCCACGGGGCCGGGCGGCCUGGGGCCCAUGAAUAGCAGGGCCCCAGGGCCGCUGGCCGUGGGGAGAGUGAAAUUCUUCGGCCGGCACCGCGGGGAGGUCAACUCCUCCGCCUUCUCUCCGGAUGGCCAGAGGCUGCUGACAGCCUCUGAGGAUGGCUGUGUUUAUGGCUGGGAGACCCAGAGCGGGCGGCUGCUGUGGAGGCUGACUGGCCAUGCAGGCCCCGUGAAGUUCUGCCGCUUCUCCCCUGAUGGCCGCCUUUUUGCCACCACCUCCCAUGACUGUACCAUCCGGCUGUGGGAUGUAGCAGAAGCUAAGUGUCUGAGUGUCCUCAAGGGUCACCAGCGGAGUGUGGAGACGGUCAGCUUCAGCCCUGACGGAAAGCAGCUGGCAUCGGGUGGCUGGGACAGGCGGGUGAUGCUCUGGGAGGUGCAGUCUGGGCAGAUGCUGCGCCACUUGGGAGGGCACCGAGACUCCAUCCAGAGCAGUGACUUCGCACCCAGCUCAGACUCCCUGGCCACUGGCUCCUGGGACUCCACUAUCUGCAUCUGGGACCUCCGGAUGGGGACCCCAGUGACCUUCCACCAAGAGCUGGAGGGCCACAGUGGCAACAUCAGCUGCCUGUGCUACUCGGCAUCUGGCCUCCUGGCUUCUGGCUCCUGGGAUAAGACUAUCCACAUCUGGAAGCCCUCUACCAGAAGCCUGCUUGUUCAGCUCAAGGGCCAUGUUACCUGGGUGAAGAGCAUCGCUUUCUCCCCUGAUGGGUCACAGCUGGCCAGCGCUGGCUACUCCCACAUGGUCAAAGUCUGGGACUGCAACACAGGAAAAUGCAUUCAGACCCUGAAGGGAGUCCUGGAUGUGGCCCAUGCCUGUGCCUUCACCCCAGAUGGGAAACUCUUAGUGUCUGGAGCUGCUGACCAGGCAAGACGCCAAGUCCACUGCUCGAUCAAAUCACCCAGAGCCUCUCGGAUAUAACAUCACAAUGGUUCUCAGAUCUCAAGCCCGUCUCUCCCUGCCCAGGGCCCAUGCAACCUGGCAGAAUGAACUCAUGA